AUGGCGCAGUUGCCCCUCGACAUGACGUUCUUGCUUGCGGCGUGGUUAGAGGCACUCGCAUACGGAUUCUUCCUGUGUCUCUUCUGCGGGACUCUGCUGUUCAAUUCCGGCAGUGGCCACCGAAAUGAUAUCCACGGUAGAGUGAUGGUCGGCAUAUCCUGCGUGAUGUUCUUCAUAUCCACCUGGCACCUCGCCAUGAACGCGUUCCGCCUGCUGCAGGGCUUCGCGGUGCACGCUGGCGCCCGAGGCGGCGCCCUAGCGUAUCUGGGGAACAUGCGCAUGUGGGACCAUAUUCUGAAGGACACGCUCUACGCAACGCAGGAGAUUCUCGGGAACGCCGCUGGGAUAUACAGGUGCUUCAUAUUGUGGAACAGCGACUGGCGGAUCAUCGCCCUCCCUCUCUUGCUCCUCGUAGGUAGCAUAGUCUCCGGCUACACCGUCUGCGCGCACUACACACAAGUCGAGCCCACCGAAACCAUCUUCGACCCGCGCCUCAAACCAUGGCUCGAAGCCUUCUACUCCAUCGCCGUCGUGCAGAACGUCAUCACCACCACCCUAAUGGCCUUCAGAAUCUGGAGGACAUCCGCGCAGUCGGCGCAGUACAGGACGGAGAACGCCCUGCUGCCCGUCGUGCGCAUCCUGAUCGAAUCGGCGGCGCUGCAGCUCAUCGUGGAGGGCGUGCUGCUGGCGCUGUAUUCGAGGAAUGCGAAUGCGCAGUAUGUGUUGAUGGAGCUGGUGACGCCUACGGUGGGCAUCACGUUUAACGCUAUCACCAUCCGCAUCAAGCUCCGGGCUAUACAAAAGAGUGCCAGCUCUACGGCAUUCUCGAGGUCUGAUCAGGUGCAGACCAUUGGGAGCGUGCCCAUGAAGCGCAUCCAAGUCGAUAUCACCACCGAGAUGGAGGACGAUGCGGGGAUGAAGCAGAGCUUCCCUGCAAGCUCUGUUCAUACCCGAUCCGAGGCUUGA